AUGUUUACACCAGCAGCUGAUGUUUAUAGUCUUGGUGUUAUUAUGACAGAAAUAUCAACUGGAAAACAAGCUUUUGAAGGUUUAGAAUUUAUUCCCGGGACACCUAACUGCUAUGUUAAAUUAGCUAAAAGGUGUAUGGAUUCCAAUCCUAAAAAACGACCUACUGCAAAAUCCAUUAAUUAUCAACUUGGAUUAUGGAUAGAGGAAAUGUUAAGUUCAGAUGAAGAUAAUGACAUCAAAAAACAAUUUUUAGAAAGUGAUAAUACGUUACAAGUAAUUAACACAAACAAAAACUCGUCACUAACGAGCAAACCCAUUGAUACCAUCGAUAUUUCAGAGUAA